CAGGAAGUGAGUGCUAGCUUAGUUACUAACCUUGCAUAUUGUUGGCAGCAAGAAGUUGACAAAAUACAUUAUUUUUCAGCUGUAAUUCUCCACUGUUUUGACAGAGCUGGUGUCUGCAAACAACAUCUCCAUCUUUUCUGGCAGAUUCUUCACUGUAGAAACCUGAAACAGAAAAAUGAAGUUGGAGGUACCAGAAACCUUUGAAGAUAUUGCUGUUGAUUUUUCAGCAGAAGAAUGGAAGAUGCUGAACAAUCAGGAGAAAGAACUGCACAGAGAGGUGAUGGUGCAGAACUACGAGCACAUGGUGUCAGUAGGUUUCAUAAUCCCAAAAGAGAAGCUCCUGCUGCUGUUUGAAAAACAUGGGAGUCUUGCAUCUGAUGUUUUGGAAGAAGCAAUGACCACUCUUCAAAUGGACACCCCUGAAGUCCCCCCCAACAGAAAAAAAGGGUCAACCAUGUUGCUAAUGGCAACAACUGCUUCCCCAGUGAUGAGCACAGCAUUCUGA